AUGGGCUGUGCAAGGCUUGACCUGGGAGAAUUAGACUGGAAAAAAAUGAGCAUGAGCAGGCCAUGUGCACUCACAGCUCAGAAAGCCAACAGUCUCCUGGGCUGCAUAAAUUGGGAUUGCUGCUAUCAGACUGGUGGCCAGGACCGGCAUGAUGGAGUGCCCAGCCACAGUUCCAGGCUGUCCCAGCUGGGAUCCGUCUCCCAGGGACCCUACUCCAGCGCUCCUCCGCUCUCUCACACCCCAUCCUCGGAUUUCCAGCCGCCUUAUUUCCCACCCCCCUACCAGCCUCUUCCUUACCACCAAAGCCAGGACCCUUACUCCCAUGUCAAUGACCCCUACUCCCUAAACCCCUUACAUCAGCCCCAGCAGCACCCCUGGGGACAGAGGCAGAGGCAAGAGGUGGGAUCAGAGACCGGGUCACUGCUGCCACAGCCUCGGGCCGCCCUGCCCCAGCUCUCGGGACUGGACCCCAGGCGGGACUACCACUCAGUAAGGAGGCCAGAUGUCCUUCUGCACUCCGCUCACCAUGGCCUUGACUCCGGCAUGGGGGACAGCCUUUCUCUGCACGGCAUCGGACACCCAGGGAUGGAGGAGGUCCAGGUAAGGCACCGCGUUUCUUUCUCCUGGGCGAUGCAGAUGCCAUCCAGGCUGGAGCCCCCAUCCCUCGAAAGGCGCUGUCCGUUGUACAAAAGGCAUCGGGGGGCUCUGGGUGAGACACAGGCUCAAACCCGAAAGUUGCCAGUUCCGGUUCCUCCAAAAUCUGUUACUUCUUUGAUGAUGAAUAAAGAUGGCUUCCUGGGUGGAAUUUCAGUCAAUACCGGAGAGGUGUUUUGCUCUGUACCUGGCCGCUUGUCUUUGCUUAGUUCUACUUCAAAGUAUAAAGUAACUGUGGGAGAAGUUCAAAGACGCCUUUCUCCUCCAGAGUGUCUGAAUGCAUCCCUCCUAGGAGGAGUACUUAGAAGAGCCAAAUCGAAAAACGGGGGGAGAUCUUUGCGAGAAAGGCUAGAAAAAAUCGGUUUGAAUUUACCAGCCGGCAGGCGUAAGGCCGCAAAUGUCACUUUACUCACCUCCCUGGUGGAAGGUGAGGCCGUUCAUUUAGCUCGGGAUUUUGGGUACAUCUGCGAAACGGAGUUCCCAGCCAAAGCUGUUUCUGAGUACCUGAACAGACAGCACACGGACCCCAGCGACCUCCACUCCAGGAAAAACAUGCUGCUUGCUACAAAGCAACUUUGUAAAGAAUUUACAGAUCUCUUGGCCCAGGACAGGACGCCCAUUGGAAACAGCCGGCCCACCCCUAUUUUGGAACCGGGCAUUCAGAGCUGCUUGACUCACUUCAGCCUCAUCACUCACGGCUUUGGGGCCCCCGCUAUCUGCGCUGCCCUCACGGCCCUUCAAAACUACCUGACUGAAGCUCUCAAAGGCAUGGACAAGAUGUUCUUGAACAACAACACUGCUAACAGGCACACAUCUGGCGAAGGACCAGCUUUGCCCGCUUGGCUUAUGAGCUUCUUCAAAGAGGACUAGAGAUCCCUACACAAUAUAUCAGGUACAGAGAAAAAAAUUUUUUUUUUUUUUUUUUCUUUUUCAAAUCAAAGCCAGUUGUUUCCGAAUUCUGUAGGUGCACUUCUUUAAAGAAGCUCAAAGGGAAUAAUUUGAAUGAGAUAAAAAAUAUAGGUUGAAAUCGAGGUGUAAUAUUGCAAAGAAAAUAAGAGCUGUGUUGAAUGUUACUGCACUUGCUUGGCACUAGGGUUUUGUACCCAGGGAGGAAAGGGUUGCCAUGUGAGCUGGCUCCUCGUGAUGGGAGUGGGGAGGGCUUGCCAGGGAAUAUCCUGAUUUCUGAGCUCAGUCUGAGGAAAUCUGUUUCUUUUAGAAAGCUUUUAAAAAAAAUGUCUUGUGACUCUUGCUUUAGAACAAGUCGUUGUGGUAGAGGGAAAAAACUUCUUAACUCCAAUGUUUUUCUCGGUGGUUUGGUGUGUGACAGGAUGUCUUAUGCAUAUGAUUUGGGGGGGAUGGAGGGGAAGUCUGAUUUCUUUCUUUUUCUUUUUUCUUUUUUCUUUUUUUUUUUUUUAACAUACAUUUCUUUGUCUUCUAUCGUAAAAAUAAUGCUGAAGUGUAAGGAUAUGAAUUUCUAUUUGGAUUCUGCCGUAUUGGGUAAUUGCAUGUGUUUCUCAGUGGGGUAGGGUUCGUGCACUAACACAUCUUUUUGCUUGUGUCAGAACAGUUACUGGGUGUGGGUAAAUCUCCUGGAGUCGCUGGCAAAACUCCAGUGGGUUCAGGCCUCCCCCCAGGAUCCCUGUUAAAGCUGCAGAACUCAAUCCCACCAACCCAAGCAGCCACACCUGAGCUCUGAGAGAAACAAAAGAGAAGCCUUAGCCUUGCUUUAGUGUCUAGAUACCUUCUGAAGCGAAUGGUGGGGGAGAAAUAAUUCAGCAAUACUCUCCACAUCCCCCAACCAAAUCUUAAGGAAAAAAAAAAAAAAAAAAGCAAAUGAGCCUCUUGACUGUCACCCUUAGUGUCCUUAGCUAUAUGAGAAAUGGCUACAACUGAGGGCCUGCUCUGCUUUUCAGAUCUUUUUGCAACAAGUGGAGGUCUCAGCUUUUAUUCCCUACCUGGGAGUUGGAUGUGUGUGGCAAUAGACAACCAGGGAUCACGCAGCCCCGAGGAGCACUGGCUCCUCUGGAGCUGCUCCUCACUCAUGUACCUUCAGGAGCAGAGUGCUGCAGGGAAUCUCAUGUGAGAAAAGGGGGAAACUGAGGCAGGCAGCCUUCUCCAUGGGCUGCUGGGACGAGUUGGAGGUAGUCUUCAACCCUGGCAAGUCUCUGGUAGUGGGUCUGGUAAUUGGUAUGUCCCUGUGGAUGUCACCAGAGGAGGUGUGGAUCCCUGUAUGAUGUAGAUCUCAUGAAUCCCCCACCGAGAGGUUGGGGAGCCCCAGAUUGGAAAGCACCCCCCAGGCACCCCCUGGUCCUCCAAAACCUACCCCCUGCCAACCACCCCCAAUUUCAGCAAGCUCCUGGGCGAGGACAGUCCAAGCCCCAGUGCAGGGCAUGUCCCAGCAGUGACGUGUGGGAAAGGGAAGGGGCAUGUGUGUGUGUGUAUGGGGGGAAGGAAUGAAUGACACCACCUGAAAUCACAUCUCCCUUCUCUGCCCGAUGAGAAUAUUCAGUUUAUUGAAGCAGAGCACUGAAUGUUGCUUUGCCUACCCUCUGCAAAAACACCUUUGUGAGGAGCCCACGGGCCCAGCCCUCCAGUAUCAUCCAGCCCAAGUUCUCUCUCAGUCUUCCACCUCCCCAGCUGCACACGCAGGGACAUGGGGACCUGCUUCCCGCUGCCCCAGAGCUUCCAGCCGAGGGGAUAGUCCUUCCUUGUCUUUGGGGAGAUGUUGGGGAUGCUCCUUUUAACUGCAGAAGACAGUAUCUCACCACUACCAGGAGUUAAUGAGGAGAGGGGACCACUUGCAACUUCCUGGGGAAAGACGUACCCACACGUGUGCAAGUGCUCACGCAUGGGUGAGGGACUGAUCCUGCCGCUGCUGCUGAAAUCUCCCCCAGGCACAGGUCUGGUCACCUGGACCAGGACCUAAACCUUGAGAAGGUUGAGGGAAGAGUUUCAGGUGAUUCCUGACAACUUUGGAUCUGCCCCUUGUGCCUUCUACCUGGAAGAGACAGACUGCAAAUGCCAGGCUGUGCUUCGCUCAGGCGAAAUAAAGACAAAUGUAAAAUUCCCACUGAUUUCAGUGGGAUGCCCCC